CGACGACGACUCCGCUCAGGCCGGGGCUCCGGUUCAGCGCGCUCGCACCGUCUCGGACCCGACGCCGGCCCGGAGCCUGGCCGUGUCCUCGGGCGGCGCGGCGUCGGCGGGGCGCUGCGUGCGGGUCCUGGGGCUGUGCGUGUCCCACAGCGUGAGGAUGUGCCGCCUGCGGAGCGAGCAGAGGGGCGCGGAGGGAGCGCGCGGCACGGGCGGCGGGGGAGGCUGCUUGCUCAGCUGCCUGAGGGCCCCCAGGGCCAGGGGCCCCUCAGCAGGAGCCAGAGGAGGAAGAGGAGGAAGAGGAGGAGCAGGAGGACUUGGAACAGGAGGAGGAGGAGGAGGAAGAGGCACCGAGACCCACGCCUCCGUCUCCGUGAGCAGCCGGUCCUGGGAGCUGCGGCUGGGGGAGCGACGGCUCCGAGCGUCCACGUGGAGCGCAGUGUCCCGCACCCAGCUGCAAGUGGACGUCCGUCCGCUGUCUCUCGCUCUCCCGCUGCCUUCCUCGUCGUCCUCUUCUUCUUCCUCCUCUUCAUCCUCGUCAUCGUCGUCUUCAUCACUGUCCUCCAGGUCCCCCUGUUGA